GGAUGUAAGCAAUCUUUGAAAUCUAACAGGCAGUUCGGUAUUAACAAGCUAUCAGUAUCGACCUAUGUCGAAGCAGCACCACAUCACUGACCCCGACAGUUGACGCGUCAGAGCUGAACUGAUUCCUUCCUGAUCCAGAAUCUUUGCGCAUUUUGCGGUUUGUUCAGGGACAAGUUUAAGCCUAGGUCCUUCGAGACCAUGUUCUGAUAUGUUUAUCAGGGUCGUCUCAUUAGACUUUGUUCCUAUUUGUAACCUCCCGCAACCUACCGUGACCCUUUAGGAUUCAUUUUCUUCGUGUAACUACUUGAUUUUGUUUCAAUAUCAUCAAGAUUGUCUUCCUGGUCCCACUCCUUUUCCUUAUCAGCCUCUUGCUCUUUUCGUCCUUUCUCCUCUCCUUCCAAUUCUUACAAAUGAAAUCUUCAAGUUCCGUAACCAGCAGCCACACUAUGUAUGAAUCCGACAAUGACCAAGAUUAUCCCUUGUACACCAUGUCUUCCGCGAAGACCACGCACAAUUUGCACCAGUCUGUUCUGGUCAUAGGUUCUGGAGCAGCCGGACUGGUCACUGCGCAGACUCUCAUCACGGACGGGUUUACAAACGUCCAUAUUUUCUCGAAAGAUAGUCACCCUGGCGGGGUAUGGGAACACAACAAAGUCUAUUCGGGUGUUUUUAUAAACAACCUAUAUGGCGACUAUCGGUUCUCUUCCAUGGAAAUGCCUCGUCACCCCUCUCGGGAUCCCAAGAACAACAGGCUUAGUGCAGAGGACAUGCAAUUCUAUUUCGAGAAAUUCACAGAGACGUACCUUCGAGAUCGCAUAAGCUACGAAACGGAGGUUCUGAACAUCAGGCGCCCCAAGCCUCCGUUUGACUCUGAUCCCCCCAAUUGGAUAGUGAAAUAUCGGAAGAAGGGGAAGAAAGGAAUGCGAGAAAUGGGCUUCCAUAGGAUCAUACUAUGCACAGGGGGAUGCCACAAACCACGUAUCCCUUCUGCUUUCUCCCCUUCUGCUGUGAAAGCCUCUGGAUUCCUCGGACCCGUCAUUCAUUCUUCAGACUUCCGGGCCAAACUCGAUACGAUUUUUGCUGCCGUGCAACCAUCUGAUCAUCAUCGUUCCAUGCAACCAAACUCUCGUCCUGAUCCAUAUCUACCAGACCCGCCGAGCGCCGAAGAUCAUGGAGCGGGUUCCAACUCUGAUGAAAAUGACGGUGGCGGGGUAGUCGUUGUAAUCGGCGGAGGCAAGUCUGCCCAAGACAUUGCCGGUUUCCUUGCAAAUGAGGGUCACCAUAGGAAUGUGUGCAUGAUCUACGAGAAGACUGAUGCUUUCGUAGCAUCCACGACGCAACUUUCGAGUCGAAUUCGGAGGAGUCGUAUCUUGGGUGUCUUGAGCCCACAUUCCGAGUUAAGGACGCCUCUUGAACGUUUCUUACAUAAGACUUGGUUAGGGAGUAGAACCGUCCGAGGUAUAUUUGAUAUGGCUUCGAGUUACUCGUUCAAAUCAUUUCAAAUCCCACCCAACUCUCCUCUGCGCCUGAGUCAAGAACCUUUCUGGAGCUUACGAGUAAACGACGAGGUCUGUCGUAGAGGGAAUAGUUUUCACGUGCUGGUCAAUGAAGGCAAAAUACACAUUGAAGCGCCAGCGAAAGCUGUGGAAUUCGGUGAAGAUGGGAGGUCGAUUGUGUUGAAUGAUGGAAGAGUGAUCAGAGCGGACGCGAUCGUGCUGGCUACGGGUUACGAGUCUUCGUGGACUGAUCUGUUUGAUGUUCAAACGAUCAAUCAAGUUGGCCUCGGGAAAUAUCCUCCCCAAUACGUCUCACUUGAUGCUUAUGACCAAGAAUGGAAAGGAUACAUGUCGUUGAAGAAUCCCCCUCCUGCACCUGCCGUCAACCAGCAAUGGAUGAGCUGUAUUUAUAGAGGGAUCGUCCCCGCAAAGAACAUCCUGAAGCGGGAUUUAGCCAUUAAUGGAGCUGUGUUCUCGACAAACAACGGCUACGUAUUCGAAACCACCGCACACUGGAUAUCGUCAUAUUUCCUCGAGGAUUCCUUUUUGCAACUACCGGCUGGUAUCAAGGAGGCCGUUCAAAGCACGGAGCGUACGUCCGCGUGGCUAAGGAGAAGGUAUCCGGACAUGUUGCAUUGGACAAAUGAAAGUCACAGUAGUGAUAUUCAAUUUUGGAGCUGGCCCCAGUACACCGACGAUCUCCUUCGGGAUAUGGGUUUACGCCAUGGUAAAGCUCGGACAGGAGGAAAUGCGCUGACUUGGUUGUUUAAACCCAUUGAGGUUGAGGUCAUAAAGGAUCUAACGAAGGAGAGAGCUGCAUUGAGGAUGCAGAGUGCUUGAGUCCCGACCUUCCCACCACUGUGACACCUAUCUGCAUGGUAAGUACUGCUUAAGGUAAUGUGAAUGCAGACGGUCGCAUUUUAAGCCUUAUCCUGGCUGUACUCAAGAGGGCACGGCAGCACGCCGAGGAAGAGGAGCCUGGAGGGAAAAUCGACACAAGUCUUACGGAUAUACUCGUAGUGUGCAAGAAACAACAAUAUGUAAUAAAUGCUCGAGAUUGCACGAGACAAGUUGAGCGUGUCAAGCCAGGUCCCUGUCUUGGCAACCGCGGCAGAAGUUUAGUGGAGGACAUUGCUGGUCCUUGGAGAACUUUCACACCUCGCUUCCUAGGAGGCAUAAAUGUUAUUCAAAUGUUUCCCGCAGAUUAUAUCACAGCAGUUGUGUUUCAACAACUUCAAUAAUGUAUCAUUGCGCAGCUCCGGCCCACUCAGUGCUGGU